AUGCAGUCUAAAAAAGCUAAAUCCAAACCGGUGAGUAUAAUUUGGUGCAUAACCGUGAGUUUGUGCAUGACAAUUUGCAAAUCUGUUAGCAUUUGCAUAAAUAAAAAAUAGGCUAAUAAUAGGCUCUAAAUGUGGUCCCAACAUGCAGAAGCUCUGGUUAGUCUUAUUUGCACAGGCUGGGAUAUUAAUUACAGCUUAAACAAACAGUGACAAGAUCAAAUCCCUCAACACGUGACCGCCAUCUACAGGGGGAAUUUGCUCCCCCUCUCUCUCCACUCGUUAAGACUAUAAUUAAUUAGCAGCUCCUGGUGAUCGUCACAAAUACAUUUAGUGAAAUUAAUCUUUCUUUCUUUGCCUCUUUCCUCAAGGAUAAAGCAGAUCUCUCCCAGGUAAUUCCCCUCACUUGACCUUUUGUUACUGCGCCAAAAAGAAAGGAAGGUAAUAAGAGUGGACCCAAGUUGCCUUUCAUAGCCGCAGGACAAUUUCUGCCUCUGCCUGCUCUCAGAAACAAUUCAACCGCUAUCAGAUGUAUCUGAGAGCUCAGAAAUCUCUGUUUUAACAUGGAGAGAAGGGCCUCAGAAUGGCAUAAAGCUCCCCACAUCAAAGAAAAAGAGUAAAUGGUUUUUCUGUGGGCUUUCCUCCGUAGAAAGGGAGGAGAACAGGCUGAUAAAGCUCGGCAGAACUGCAUUGCAGACACUGAGAUUAGGAUAUCGACCUAAUAAUGUACAAAGAAGCCCUUGAUGUACAAUCUCUCACAGUCUGUCAUUAUCUUGUUCCUUUUUGUCUGUUUUUUCACUUCCCUCCACUCCUCUUUUUUAACACUUGAUUUUCGCACCUCCCUGGAGGUUGGAGAAACUUCUGAAAGUACACUCAUUUAUUCUAAUGAAUGCCUUUCAAACUCUUCCUUCAGGGGCUGGAUGCUCGAUUGCAAAAGUCCAAGGAGGAGAAGGAAAGAGAGAGACAGAUGGAAGAAGAGGUGGGUAUUAGGAGAGGACACAAAGUAGAUGAUGGAGUAGCAGAGGUACGAGAGGAAGAGAGCAAAGACGAAAAAGAUGAGAGCUGGAGAGUAGUGUGUGACUCACCUACCUCAGCAGGAGAGCAGAGGAAGGACGAGCAGGUAAUAAAUACAGCGGGAUGUCAUCCAAGCGCCCUGGAAAGCUUUUCUUACGCACUUCCUCUCAUUUCUGCAGAGCUCCACACCAUGGAAACAAUACACCGGCCCUGUGGAGCCACAGCAGAUGCAAACUCUCAUCAAACCCUAA